UUAAUCUGACUGUGCUGUGAAAUGUUUUAAAUUGAAUUUAAUAUGAAAAUUAACUAUUAUGGAUGAAACGUCAAAAGAAGCUGAAGAAUUUGAGCUUCACAAGAGUGUUUUUAACAAUGAUUUAAAGAAACUUACUCAGAUACUAAAGAAUAACAAGGAAAUCGUUGAUAAAAAGGAUAAGCAUGGAAAUACAGCUUUAUAUCUAGCCACAGCUACUGGACGAAUAGAAUGUGUAUGUAUCCUAUUAAAACAUAAUGCUACAGUUAAUAUUAAGAACUGCAAUGGCUGGACGCCACUGAGUGAAGCAAUAUCCUAUGGAAACCGUCAAAUGAUUGAAGUAAUUUUAAAGAAAUUAAAGGAACAAACACGAAAGUCGCUAUCAAAGCGAAAAGAGUCUCUCAAAACCGCGCUCACACAAAUUAACGACUUUUAUAUGGAAUUGAAAUGGGAGUUCAGUAGCUGGGUUCCCUUAAUAUCAAAGAUUUUGCCGAAUGAUGUGUGUAAAAUAUACAAGUUGGGUUCCAAAAUACGCCUCGAUUCCACACUUAUAGAUUUUAACGAAAUGAAAUGGGAGCGUGGCGAUAUUUCAUUUCUUUUUUGUGGAGACAACGAAACAAUGAUAACGGCACUCGAUAAUGAGGCAAAAGUUUAUCAGUAUGUUAGAACGCAGGAAAGUGAAGCUGAAAUUCAAGACGAAAUUGACAUAUUAAUGAUGUCCGAUAUUGUUACGGCGAAUUUCUCGACAAAAAAUGUCUCAUUCACACAAGUGCAGACUGGAUGGUUUUUCCGUGAAGAUAAGAAAGAAACAAUUGCUGGUCAAUACAAAUGUGAUUUAUACCAUGUAAAUGGACUUACUUUAGAGCAACGUAAACGACGAGAACAUUUAAAUCGAGACGAUCUACAAAAGAAUAAGACAAGCAUUGUGGAAUCGUUGACGAAAUCACAAGUUAUCGAUCCAAAUAUGGAGAUCCCACGACGAAUGUCAUUAAAACCACCGCCAGUAAAAGCCAUAACGUUCGAAGAAUACAUGAAUUCAGAAAUUGGAAAUUAUCCUGCAUUGGGACGAGAAUUGGUAUUUAAAAAGUCACAGAAGCAGUUAAAAGCUACCGUGGCUAUGUGUUCGGAUUUUCCAUUAUGUUUAGAGACAUUAUUGAAUGUAUUUGAAGUGAUUGCGCCAUUGAAACAUUUUUCAAAAUUACGAGAUUUUAUAUCCCUUAAAUUGCCCAAAAAAGGAUUCCCCAUAUCCAUUCAUAUUCCAAUUAUUCCGACCGUAUCAGCUAAGAUAACAUUUCAAGACUUUGAGUUUCGCAACAACAUACCCGAUGAGCUUUUUGACAUACCCGACAAUUACUCUCUGGACGAGACACGCUUUCCUGAUUUAUAGCAGCUUUAUUGCUUAAUUAUCACGUCUGUUCAUUUACAUUUUUGAAUGGCUAUGAUGGAUUUUUAUGAAUAAGUUUAUAUUCCACCCCUUGCUUGUCAUACAUUAUAUUACUGUAUAUGAUAAUGAAGUAUUUUUAAUUGUUAAUUUUAUGUAAUCCCUUUUUGGCGGGUUCCAGUUCACUAGUGACGUCUAUUGGAUUAUUUGGAGUUUAUAAUCAACUUUCACGUAAUCAUGAAUGUUGUUUGAAUAUUUCGGAAUGUUAAGAUUGAUCAUUUUAGAUCCCUUACCUACUUGUUGUAACAAAAUUUGUAUGGAAAAGUGUUAAGUGUAGCAUAAAAUUUGUACCUUAAACUCCUCAAAUUUUAGGUAAUUUCCAAACGACCCUAAGUUCCAUUCCAAGGCUCUAAUAUGAAGUGCGUGACUUUAUAUUCCAAAAAAAGAAGCGAGGAUGGAGUUCUUGAAUGUAAAUCCAAGGUAAACGUCACUUGUGAACAUCCCCUAUCCCCAUUUAUUCCUUUCUUUGAGAGUUUUCACAGUGAAAUUGCUAUAAAAAUUUACAAAGCUUGCCUCUUACUGAUUAUAAUAAUUAUGAUAAUAAUGUCUAGAGAUAAACAGAAUAUAUUAGGACAUAUCCCCCAUCCCUAUAAAUUAACGAUGUUAAAGCAUUCCAAUUUGUAAUUCAAUUUGAUAUGAAAAGUAAGAAGAAAUAAGUAACACAAAACUGUUAGUGAAAAUCACACAAAAUUUGGUAGUUGCAGUAUGUAGAAUUAGGCUCUAUAGAAUAAUUUUGAAUGUUAAUAAGGCGUUGUCCGAAAAUCAACGAAGAGAAUUCAUAUCAACAAGAAAGUAAUAAUGGCUAGGAUUAUGAUUUUAUUUAUGAUACACACUUGACUGCUUGUGGCUCACUAAAGUGGAUUAUUUUGAAUCUCAAUGAUUUGCAGCAAAUGUGUGAAUAUUUUAAUGUUAACGGUAAUUUGAUAGAUCUCAUGAUGCAAAAUCUCGUUUUGUGCUGCUAAAAAAUUUUAAAGAUUUGCUGUGGAUUUUGGAUUUAGGGAUGUAUCAUAAUUAGUCUUAAGGGUGAUUUGACUCAAUUUGGGAUUUACUGAAUUAAUUAAUCUAGAAUUUAAAGUUAAUCCUUUUUUUAAAUCCUUCUUAACUUUCGAGUAGCGAGAUGUACUUUUGCCGACUUUCUUGGUCGCUCUCAGUUACUUAAUCAUUACUGAUCAUGCGAUCAGUUUCGUAGCAUUGUCACAAAUUUAAGUUAAACUUAAAUCAAUAUUUAAAGUCUACGAAACAUUGGAUUAAGAUCAAACAAUGACUGAUUUAAACAUUUGAACCUCAAUUCUAAGACAGUCAAAAGCACUCGUUCCACAGUAAAUCAAACACACAGUUUAGGUUGAAUAAUCUGAGACAAUUCACUUUAGUGAUUCAGAGCGAUGCCAACAACAAUAAAAAAUAAAUAAAUAAAUAAUUUUUAAUGGAAGUGAACUAAGUACAAGAAAGGAAGAGAAAUGAGAGAGUAGUGAAAAAGAGAGUAAGUAAGUAAGUUUGACAAUCUAUUUAUGUGAAAUACACACGAUGGUUUUUAUUAUUAUUUUUUUUACUGUAUCAUGGACAACGUCUGUAUGUUCUUAUGUAGAGUGCUUUUUGCAAAAAAAAAAGAAGAGAGAACUUCGUCCAACACUGAACUUUUUACAACUUUUGUGCUCUGCGCAGAAUCAUUUUUCGUUUUUCGUUACUUUUUCAAUAAAACAACACCUGUUUGAAUAAAAAAUUUGGAAUCUUGUGUUUUUAUUAAGAAUUAUAAGACGACUUUAGGUCCUGUAAUGUCGAGCUUUUGAAUGGAA